AUGAAACGCAGUGUCACUAUAUCAUCGGAAUACGAUUUCAUAUUCAAGAUUGUGAUCAUAGGUGAUAGUUCUGUGGGAAAAAGUAAUCUUUUACUACGGUUUACACGGAAUGAAUUUCGUCUUGACACUCAAUCAACCAUCGGAGUUGAAUUUGCUUACAAACAACUUCUCAUCGAUGGGAAAAGAAUCAAGACUCAAGUUUGGGACACAGCUGGUCAGGAACGUUUCAAAACAGUUAUUCCACAAUUUUAUCGCGGUAGCGAAGGUGCUCUAGUCGUUUUUGAUUUAACAAAACCUGAUACAUUUCAGCACGUAUCGACCUGGAUCGAAGAAGUCUAUCGACACACACCCGCUGAUUUACCUAUUGUUCUUGUUGGAAACAAAUCAGAUCUUGUCGAGCAACGAGCCGUAUCACGCGAAGAAGCAACUGCUCUAGCCAAACAUCUUAAUCUAUCCUAUAUGGAAACAUCUGCGCUGAAUGCAUCGAAUGUCGAGCAAGCAUUCGUUUUAUUGGUAUCAAGUGUUUAUGAAAAGAACAAACCUCUCUCCAUGGAUACCUCUUUGUCGUCACCGACAUCCACAUCAGAUGAUAUUUCACAUACUCGCACCGUUCCUGUAGGUGUGGAUGAAACACUCGAUUCUGAUAAACCGAUACGUCCUUCACAUAAGGAAAAACGUUCAUCUCAAAAGAAAAAUGGUUGUUGUGUGAUUUCUUGA